AUGAGCGGGGGCACCCCUUAUAUCGACAGCAAGAUCAGCCUUAUUUCCAAGGCAGAGAUCCGCUACGAGGGCAUCCUUUACACCAUCAACACAGAGAACUCCACCGUAGCCCUAGCGAAAGUUUGCUCCUUUGGUACAGAAGACAGACCAACAGAUCGUCCAAUACCGCCUCGAGAUGAAGUGUUUAAAUACAUUAUAUUCUGUGGGAGUGAUAUUAAGGACCUCACUGUUUGUGAGCCACCAAAACCACAAUGUUCUUUGCCUCAGGACCCAGCUAUUGUUCAGUCUUCACUAGGCUCAUCUACUUCUUCAUUCCAGUCAGUGGGUUCCUAUGGACCUUUUGGCAGGAUGCCAGCGUACAGUCAGUUCAGCCCAAGUUCAUUAGUCAGCCAGCAAUUUGGUGCUGUUGGUGUUGCUGGAAGCUCCUUGACAUCCUUUGGAACAGAAACAUCAAACAGCAGUACCCUAUCCCAAAGUAGUGCAGUUGGUUCUGCCUUUACACAGGAUACAAGAUCUCUAAAAACACAGUUAUCUCAAGCUGAAGUACACAAAGUUACAAGACCAGAAAAUGAGCAACUCAGAAAUGAUAGCAAGAGACAAAUAGUUCCAUGUGCUCCUUCAGCUCCAAGAAGAGGGCGUAGAGGUCAUCGAGGUGGCAGGGGAAGAUUUGGUAUUCGACGAGAUGGUCCAAUGAAAUUUGAGAAAGACUUUGACUUUGAAAGUGCAAGUGCACAAUUUAACAAGGAGGAAAUCGACAGAGAUUUUCAUAAUAAACUAAAAUUGAAAGAAGAUAAACUUGAGAGACAGGAGAAGCCUGUAAAUGGUGAAGAUAAAGGAGACUCAGGAGUUGAUACC